UAAAAGACAAAAGAGCGAUACAACAUCCGGAAACGAAGAUUGCUUAUUACGCGGACGCGGGGACUUCAAUGUUGUGGAAAUUUGUUGUACUGGACAGAGUCUGGAGUCAAUCUUACUUUCAACGGUCGGCGCUGUCUAAACCAAAACAAAACACUAGUGUGUGACAAAAUCAAAGGUUGCAAAGAACAAUGGCGUCUGCAAUGCAAGCGAGAGAGGAAGGGGGAGAAGAAAUUACAUCAACUGAGGAUGAAACUUUUGGGCCGAUGCCUCUUGCUAAGCUUGAGGGUAAUGGCAUCAGUGCUGGUGAUGUGAAAAAGCUGGAGGAGGCAGGGUUUUUUACUGUCGAGUCUGUGGCUUUUGCUCCGAAGAAAAUGUUGCUGUCAAUCAAAGGCAUCAGUGAGGUCAAGGCAGACAAAAUUGUGGCUGAGGCUGCUAAACUGGUCCCUAUGGGUUUCACUACGGCCACAGAGUUUCAUCAGAAAAGAUCAGAGAUCAUCCAAGUCACAACUGGAUCAAAGGAACUGGACAAAUUACUGCAAGGUGGAAUUGAAACUGGAUCUAUCACAGAGAUUUUUGGGGAGUUCCGCACCGGCAAAACACAGUUGUGUCACACUUUGGCUGUCACGUGUCAGCUUCCUAUCGACAUGGGAGGAGGAGAGGGGAAAGCUAUGUACAUCGACACUGAGGGUACCUUCCGACCGGAGCGACUGUUGGCUGUUGCAGAUAGGUAUGGCCUUUCUGGCAGUGAUGUAUUGGACAAUGUGGCAUAUGCCAGAGCCUACAACAGUGACCACCAGAGCCAGCUUCUGAUUCAAGCAGCAGCAAUGAUGGCAGAGUCAAGGUAUGCUUUGCUGAUAGUGGACAGCGCAACAGCUCUAUACAGGACGGAUUACGCUGGUCGCGGAGAGUUAUCUGCGCGGCAGAUGCAUCUGGCCAGGUUCCUGCGUAUGCUGUUGAGACUUGCGGAUGAGUUUGGAGUGGCGGUCGUGAUUUCCAACCAGGUUGUGGCACAGGUAGAUGGUGCGUCCAUGUUUACUGCAGACCCCAAGAAACCCAUUGGAGGGAACAUCAUAGCCCAUGCUUCUACUACCAGGUUGUACUUGCGGAAAGGGCGAGGUGAAACGAGGAUCUGCAAGAUUUAUGACUCUCCGUGUCUGCCUGAGGCUGAGGCUAUGUUUGCCAUUAACGCCGAUGGUAUUGGAGAUGCUAAGGACUGAGUCAUCAUUUAUUCAUCCUCCUCCAGACCAGCUUUUUCAUCUACCUCGGCGGAGUCUGUGGGAAUUACUUUUUGUGUUGUUGUGAUUGCCAAUGCUGUUCAAGCUCUUUUCGUUCUUCUGUUUCUUCUUUUGCUCCUAUUUCCUUUUCGAUAUCAUAGCCUUAAUCAUCUUGUUCAUCUUUAUCUUCAAUCUUCUCUGCAUCAGGUGGACACUACUGGCAGGUUCUGCUAUUUCUAUCCUUUCCCUCUGUUGUUGUUUUUUGUUUUCUUUUCUCUUUGGUUUCAGUCAGAGAAUAAAGGGUGCCCACAAUGAUGUUUUUUGAUUUGUAAACCCUUCCUGAUUAUGUGUAUGUGUUGUUAUGAGAUCCUCCCAUAAUGGCCAUUGAGGAACUCAGUUGUUCAUGCAGCUUCACUGUUUCAAGAAAAAGUGAGCGACUUGAAAAUAUUUUUUACUCGCCCUGCAAAGUAGGGGAUAGUUUGCUUUUUUUCUUGCAACGGUGACAAUGUGUAUAAUAUGUGUGGAUGGAUGUGUUCAUUUAAAUCUUGAGCUUUGAGCAAGUCACAAGACAGCCAACACAAAGUGACGACAUCUCCGUCUCAUACAGGUUGUACAUUUGAUGUAAAUUAAAUAAAAGUUCAGUUUUACAGAUUUAAAAU